AUGGAUCAAGCGCUACGUUGGGCUACCGAGAUCCCACCGGUUACUCGGUAUUGGUCUCUUUCUAUUAUAAUAACGGCGGUACUUACAUCCAUUGGCCUAUGCUCUCUGAAUCAAUUUAUGUUCUCAAUUGAACGAGCAUUCGGUCGCCAGCCGUGGCUCCUAAUAACGUCGUUUUGUUAUUACGGUUCGCUCUCUAUCGAGCUCAUAGUAAGUGUAUUCUUCCUCAUGAGACUGUCAAGAUAUUUAGAAGAAUCAUAUCAAACCAAUAAGUCAUUGUUUCCUAUCAAGAAGGUACGGCAGCUCUCACCACGUCAAUGGCGGGAAAUGACUAAAUGGAUAGACUCUCUCAAGACUUUGGACUACUUGUAUUUUCUUUUCUUAGUAUGUGCAUCAAUUGUGGCUGUCGUUACCUUAGGCUGGCACAAAAGAUACUUCACAGUAUGGAAAUUGGGUCCCAUCUUGAAUGAUGCUAUAUUAUACAUAUGGUGUAAGAAUAACCCUGAUGUUGUGGUAAACUUGAUGGGAGUUUUAGGGGUGACAAGUGCCUAUUUACCUUGGGUUUAUACGAUAAUCGACGUAUUAUUUCUGCUUGAAUUUCAAAAAGAUGUUUACGAACUCUUCUCCGGAAGACGUGGGAGCCAUUUGGAAAGGUUAUUGCUGUUCUUUCAAAAGGUUGCGACUCAACCGUACUUUUGGAAAGUGCUAAUUCGUUAUGGGGUCGGACACUUUUGGUGGUUUUUAGGUAAUUUUUCGCCUCAGUUGUUCUAUAAUGACCAAAAUGAUGAGAGGAGAAAGGUCCAAGAGAAAGAGGGAAGUAGAAGGCGAGAGCAAAGAUUACUCUGGGAGAGUAAAAGGUUCAAUAUUAUACAGUAUAUUUACGGGUUAAUUAUGCUACCACCGUGGUAUAGAUUUCUUAUUAGCAAAGUGUCUAAGAUGGAAUUCCCUGAUGAUCAAGAUGGCACAGGAGAACAUGGGAAUGAUGUCCUAGUACAGGAUGUCGAGGUAGAUUUAGAAAAUGAAGUCGAAGUACCGGAUUUAGAGGCUACAGAGAAUGAAGACCAGAUAGAAGAUGCUGAGGUUGCUACGGAGAAUGACCAGGUCCGGAAUGUCGAGGGAGCUAGAGGGACUGAAAACCAAGUUCAGGAUCUUGAGGUGGAUGUAGAGAAUAUUGAACAUUAA